UCGUCUACUGCAUCCUGCUCGACUAGUCGUUAGCAUUCAACAAGGUUAGAUCAAUCUCUUUUAUGGUCUUCCACCAAGAAGAAACAACCAACCAAGAGGACUUCUUUUACCUCCCAAUAUAUCUACUACAACCUCCAAUGGCUACUUUCCAACCCGCUGGAGCAGGUCCUUCGCUUAAUCAACAGAAUAAGAAAUAAUAAUCAAACCACAUCCUGAUCCUUCAAAAAUGGCUUUCCAACCCGGUCCUUCGUAUCAUGAGGGUGGUGCCUCAUCCUCAGGCGCUGCUGCUCUCCAACCACCCUCGGCACCCAGCAACGGCGAAACAACGAUGGACCAAUUAGAACCCUUCAUCCACGCAGAACGACAGUUUGUCGCUUUUCAACAGCAAGGUGAGCAUGACAAAGCUGUUAGAGUGCUGGAAGGGGUUUUGAAGUUAAGGCAUAUUAGGUGGCAAGAUCUUACAAUGUACAUUCGGCCUCACGGAAAUUUUUGAGUGUGGAAGCAGUAACCCAAGCGCUUUGCUGGCUGUUCGUAACUGCUGGAUAUAACACUGAUCUCUAACCUUCCACAACAAAGACUUCGUCCAGGGCGUGCAGGAUACGCUUCUUUCCAGCCUGUUUGAAAAGCUAGCGUUAAGGCAACGCAGACUGCAUCUUCAGCUGCAUUUUCCUUGGCAGACUUUUCAAGUCUUGAAAAAAGGGGUCAACAAGCCAAAGCCUUGAAAAAGGGGUCAACAAGUCUUGAAAAAGGGGUCAACGAGCCUUGAAAAAGGGGUCAACAAGCCUUGACAAGUAGAAAAAGGGGCCAAGAAGACCAUCCGUCAAGGAUGGUCUCAGCAGGGAAGAUGCGAAAGCGGAAUAGCUCUAAUAGCGGUUGGAUACAAUACUUUGGGGAUGAAAUACCUCAAACUAGGAAAGACGGAUCUUUCACUACGAUAUUUCCAGAAGAGCGAAGUUGUGACCGACCCAGCGAACCUGCACAUACAUCACAAUACAAGGUAAGCCUCGUUAGAGCAGAUGCACGAGGACACCACUUCACGACUUACCCAGGACAAAACUAUUCACACCAGUCAUUUUCGUUUCCCGUUUGCCUCUUCAUCUCUGACCUGAAACCACAGAAUUCCUACCUACACUUCUUCAUUCCGACUUGGUACACUUCCCACGACCACACCUCUCACCUCCAGAGGUAACCUCUCACCACCACACCCAUUCCGACUUCUUACACUUCCCACGACCACUGUUACCGCACCUCUCACCACCACACCUCUCACCUUCAGACUGGUCCUUCGAGCCGUGACAUACAACAAUAUGGGUUGUUUCUACAAGUCAAUGAACAAGCUUCACACGGCCCUGUCGUAUCUCAGGAAGGCGCUAGUCAUAGAGGAAAGGGCGCUCGAGGCUAAGUUAGAGAUGGCAUUAGACGAGGAGGGUGGAGGUAGUUGUAGAUUAUAUAUAAUUCAUUAAGGACAUGCACAUGGUUUGUUGUAGUAGUACUAGUUGUUUGCACCAGGUGGGUCAGAAAAAUGAAAGAAAUGCUCGGAAGAUGAAAAUUGUGAUCUGUUUCAUAUCAUGUUGAUCUGUUUCCCUUGAUCUUCGACAAUAACCUGUUAUUUUAGAUUUACCAUAUCGAUGUAAGUAGUACUUCGUUCAUGAUGAAGAGCAAUGGUAGUGGUCAUUUUGACUAGUAUCUUGUUCACCAAGAGUUCUAAGAAGAAGAACGAUAUUAACGAACAACUUUUUCGACGAUUCCAACAGGGGUCACUGCUCUCAUUCUCCUCACCCAACAACAACAACAGCCUUUGAUGCUAGUGACGCACCAGGUGCGCAGAACCCAGCUGCGACACAUCUAAAUUUGUGCGCUUUGCUCAGCCAAAUGUCAAUGCAUGACAAGGCAUUGUACCACGCGCAGAAGGCAUUACAGCUUCUUCAAGGUGCCGGUGCUGUAGCGGGGGCAGAGGGCAAGGGGGAGAAUGUUAUGACUGUACUUGUAGCUGCUUGUACGGAUCUCGUAGCUGUAAAACUUGUCGCUCACGAUCUUCAUUUUAAAAUGAUUUGAAAUAAUAGAUACAAUAGAUGAUCUACUAAGUUGUCUAACGUGUCCUUCUUCUAACAGCCGCGCCGGCGCGGCAGCUCCUCCAGCAGGCAAGGAGCAGCAGAGCGAAUCCUUGACUCCAGUCGCGUACUUCAAUAUUAAGGGUUUCCGCCCUAAUCCAUCUUUAUAGGGAUCCCUCAAGCGUAGGGAAACAAGGGAGAUUAUAUUGGCGCAUAUUCAUAUUGAGGAAUUGUUCAUCGCUUCUCCGCAUCAGGGAUCUUCGAUCGAUGAAUUAGAAGGGAGAGCGAGGAGGUCCUCUUCUAACAAUAUGGGCGCAGAAUAUGAGCACCUGAAAUACUACCAUGAGGCAUUGGAGGCCUACGAAAAUGCUUAUCAGUCGUGUCUCUCCGAACUCGGCAGCGGCCAUGCUUUGACUAGCAAAAUCGCGGCUUCGGUGAAGCAGCUGAAGAAGAAGCUGGGGCCGUCAGGGGGAAAGAAAGGGGGACAUAAGAUUAAGGCUUACCACAUUGCAUUCUUCGCUACCAUUCAUUCUUCAACACCGUUUUUCAAGCGGGGAAAAGGUGGAGGAUGAUCUAAAGAAUGCAAUGUCGCAACCCCUAACAAGAUGUUCAAAGCAUGAGGAUGCCGGGGAAGAAUCUUCUCAUUCUAGCGAUGAAGAGGAGAACCACAACUACCAACAUUCAAGCAGGAGAACCCGAAAUCCAAAUGGUCUAACUCGUUAUGAUUGCAGACUAUGACGACAUCCUUAUCACACGCACAACUGUUUUAUUCUUGCGGAAAGGUCAUGAUCUUCAUCACAACUAUUUUACUCCAGAUCUUCAAUCCUAUCCUUAUCAAAACCUUAUCAAAGUCACAACCUAUCAAUCAGAGUUGAUGCGCGUAGGCUGAAUAAUUAGAAGUAGUAGUACUAGGAAAACAACUACAACUUCAACUUCUAGAAAAUUUCUACUCCCCCUGAAAAUAUUUUGGCUUAAGAUAUAAUUACAUUUUUGUACCAGUACCACGUUUAAUAUCUACUCGUCCUUUGUUGUUGUUUUAUUUCCGUACUACAUGCACAAAGAUAAAAAUAGUCUUCAACAUCAAAAACAGUUCGUUGUUGUAGUGCGGCACAAAGGUUCUUCUAGUUCAACCUUCCACGCCUAUGGCGAAGCACUGGAAGCAAACUCUUAUGAAGAUUUUUGAAGCACGAAAUCCAAAUGCAAAAGGCUUAAUUCAGAUGAAUC